AUGGCCUUACGAACAAUUUAUGGCUUUGGUAUAUCUCGAUUUGUACUGGCCUAUUACGAGCAAGUGGGCGAAUUUGGGAAGAUUUAUGAAGAUCCUCCCAUUCCUAUGCUAGCAGGAUCGCUAUUGUUUGGAACGAUGAUAGUGAUGGUACCAACCAUAUUCUUCUUCGUCCUCAUCGAACGCAUCGUGGCUACCGUUAAUGCACCGACAUAUGAAACAUGCUACUACCCCCAAUUCUUCAUGGCCCUCCGUUUCGUCGGGGUCAUAUUCGCCCUCUUCAUCAGCAUCCUGUACACAUUCAAUUUUCUAAGCCCUGGCAUCUGCGCGUGGAUCGGGUUGAUAGCGACCGUCAUUACCGGAGUGUUAGCUCUCGUGAUCACGUAUAUAAAUGAGAAGCAGAAUCGGUUACUGUAUCUCUUGGGGUAUACCUUAAGCCAUCGCUACCAAUUGACGGAAAAUUUGAAGGCGAUGGAUGUCCUGCUCCUUGUCCUCAGCUACGUGGGCGUCAACAACCUAAUAUUUGGAUCCCUCUUCCUGCUAAAUCGACGCGCCCAAGAUCCGCAGAUGCAGAAUUGGGUCGGCAUCGCCAUUAGUGCACACGUUGCGAUAUACUCCGUCACCAUGACGUUCAUCUACAUUUUUGCCAAUCGAAACGUGCGAACGCUAUCGAUAAAGCUGGUCAAGCAACAAAUUAAGGAAACUUGGCCGUGUAGCCUACGGUAUCGGUAUAUGGACGUACGGGACACUACGCCUUCCGUGUUUGCAUUGGAUGUAAGAGGACAGGUUCUCUACACUGGCGCAAAUCAAGAAGACUACUUCCAACAGCUCGAAUCACACGUCACUACCGUUAUCGAGGUCCUAUUUCUAAUCAUCACGUGCCUUGCCUAUCUCCCCUUUUUCUACGUCGUCUGCACUUGCCCGAUUUUCCACAUUAACCUCCGUCGAAUCAUCUUCGUCACCGUCCUGCACACGUUUUUGACAAUGGUGAUGCGAUUUAUCAUGAUGCUCUACGAGUUCGAGGUAGUGACAAGGACAGGGGACGUCAUUGCUGACCUCCCACUUGUCUGGGCUGGUCUUGCGAUGUUGGAGCAAAUGGCGUUUUUGUUUUGGAUUUUUCCGAUGAUAAUCGCAGAAAGAAUGUUCGCUAUGCACUUCAUGUGGGACUACGAGCGGAACUCAAGGACAUGGAUCUCAACGUCGAUUCUUGGAGUGGCACUUGUCGUUUCGACGAUUGCCGCAUUAAUAAUGGCAAUUUGCGUGCUCCUGAUCCGCGACGUCUUCAUGUACGUCGGUGUGCCCCUUUGCUUGGGCGGGAUUUUCGGAUUUGCAUUGACCUAUCGCUGGGUAGCACGUCAAAAUUCGAUCACGCUUGCCAACCUGGAAAUUGGCAAUUCUAAUUAUGGCUUAUCCGCGAAGUAUCAAGCCUCUGAGAAUAUCAAGUCGUUUAAGGUAUCCGGCCCAAUGUCAGUUCCA